CUGCUGGUGAAACAGCAGCGGACUGAAUCUUCGAUCUUCUUCUUGUGUACCUGACGACCAAGCACCACCGCCGAACCACUCAAGAUGAUGAGGUUCCGGCUCAGCGUUCUGCUCCUGCUCCUCCAACUUGGCUGCCUGACCUUGGCAUUGACCAACAACAGGCUCUCCCGCGGCGACACCUCGGGCAGUUCCACCUGCAAGGAUAAAAUUCGCCGCCUGGAUGAGUACGAUGAGCACAUGGUCUACAGACAAGCCUCGGAUGAGACACAGAGAGGAGUGCCCAUUGAGUCGAUAGCCCGCGAUGAUCGUAAGAACGAGAGGCACGAGGAAACGAGAGUCAGGUUGGACUCAUCGGUGCGCCUUGAACCCCGUGAAGCUCGUGAGCAGCGAGUGGAGCGACGAGAAGUUCGGGAGGAGCGAACAGAGCCUCGUGAAUCUCGGGACCAACGAGUAGAGCGACUUGAUACCCGUGAGGAACGAGAAGAGCGGCGUGAUGCUCUUGAGAAUCGAGUGGAGCGACGUGAAGCUCGUGAGGAACGAGUAGAUCGACGAGAUGCUCGUGAAGAACGAGUAGAGCGACUCGAUACCCGGAAGGAGCGAGAGGAACGUGAUGGUCGUGAAAAUCGAUUGGAGCGACGUGAAGCUCGUGAGGAACGAGUAGAUCGACGUGAUGCUCGUGAGGGACAAGUACAGCGACUGGAUACCCGUGAUAAUCGAGUAGACCAACGAGAUUCUCGUGAGGGACGAGUUGAGCCACGUGAAACGCGAGAAGAACGCGUAGAGCGACUUGAUACCCGUGAGAAACGAGUUGAGCGACGUGAUGCUCGUGAGAACCGAGUAGAGCGACGUGAUACUCGUAAGGAACGAGUAGAGCGUAGUGAUACUCGUAUUGAACAAGUAGAGCGACUUGAUACCCGUGAGAAUCGAGUAGACCGACGUGAUGCUCGAGUAGAGCGACGUGAAGAACGAGUAGACCGCCGAGAAUCUCGUGAAGAAGUGGUGGAUCAACGUCAGGAGAGAGAACUGAGCAGGCGACAGGAUGAAUCUCGACGGGAAGCAGACAAUGAGAGGCGCGAUGAACGCCUUGUAGAGCGCGAAAUAUCCAGGCGUGAAGAUUACGAGAAUCGUCGUGACGACAGAGCUAACGUAGAGAGGGAACUCUCCAGACGCAUGGAACGAGAAUCUGAGCAGCGCAAUGAACGAGUGAAUCUGCAACAAACAGACAGCGAAAUUCGUGAGCGAGUGGAACAAUCAGAAGAACGCCGAGUCGAGCCAGACUUCUCCAAGCGCGAAGAGCGAGUGAAUCGCGUGCGAUUUGAAAUUCGGCGAGUGGACGAUGUCAGGGAUCAGCGAGAAAAUUCUCGGCGAAGCGAAGACCUCCGUCGGGAGGAUCAUGUCUCAGCCAGGCGUGAGGAGCGAGAGGAAAACCGCAGGGAGCAGCGCCUCGACACACAAAACCUGCGACGAGAGGAACCAGAAGUCCUUCGUCGAGAAGAGCGUGAAUCCUUCCGUCGAAUGGAACGCAAUGAGCGACAGAACGCUCGUGAUGUAGAUCGAAGGGUUGAACUUGAAGGAGACAGGCGAUCGGAAAGGCGUAGCGAAGAACGGCGAGAAGAAAGGGAAAUGCUUCCCAAGGACGAACGCAUCUCAGCCCGACGAGAACCUCGUGAAGCUCGCGAUGAAAGAAUUAAACUACGGUCAGAGAGGGAUAAUCUGAGAAGGGAAGAUCGCGAGAAUUCCCGACGAGUGGAACGAAGAGAAGAGCUAGAAGUUGAACGACGAGAAGAUCGAGAGCAGCGAGAAGAAGAAGCCACUCGUCGAGACGAGCGCGCUAACCUUCGAGGAGAACGUGUAGGUUUCCAAAGACUUGAAGUUGUAUCUCAACAAAGGGAGGAUCUUAAUCUGCGAAGAGAACAGCGCGAAGUUGAACGGCGUGAGGGUGUGGAAAUCUUCCAUCGAACAGAUCGCGAGCUUUCCAGACGAGAGAUUCGUGAGCCCUUGGAGGAGCGUAUUCUUCUCACCACCCAGGUGAAGACCAAGGGCUGGUUAAGCUACGGCAAACGAGAACUACUAAUGACCGGACAGGUCCUCCUCCUGGCCGCUCUCUACAAGAAAUCCACGGCCAGUGGCAAGGGACUUGGCCAUGCUUUGAGUGAGCAGAUUCAGGGCUACCUGCAGGCCAUUGGCUGCUAGGCUGUACAAAGGAAAUGGAGCCUCCCUUUCCCGAAACUGAACGCCCCUGGAAAAGCAAAUUGAUAUGGAUUAAGGUAAAACGGCCACACGACCUCCCGGAAAAUGCAAAAGGACCCGAAAGCGAGCGACGAGCAGAAGGAUGGGAUGGGAUGCUCUGUCUGAGCAUUGUACAAUUUAAUCCAACUGUUACUGUAACCAAAAAAACCGAACCCCCUAACCACCCACUGUUAUAGCCAGCAAGAGCAUAACGAAAAUAUAUGAUGGGAUGCUCGAGUAGCCGAGCAUCUGCAAACUGCAUUGCAA